GGGCAGGGGCGAAGAUCUCAUCCUUCGGCCCCGCCCCGCCACAUUGCCAUCCCUACUCAGAACUAGAAGGAGCGCGAUUAGGUAAGGAGCGCCAGUUAAGCCAAAUUUUGAAACCCCAAAAUUCCCCAAAAUCAUUAAAACAAAUCCAGAACAUCUAAUUCUCUCUCUUUCUCAAUCUCAACACACACUCUCUCUCUCUCUGAAAUUUCGAAUUUCAUUUUUUCUUUGGCUCUCUACUCUGAGACUCGGACUCAGACUCAGACUCUUUCUUUGAGUUCCAUGGCUUCUACUUCAUCGGGACGACCCGACCGCACAAAGGCAUUUAACCCGACCCGUAUGGUUCGAGUCGUAGCGAAGAUCCGAGGCUUCGCGGACUCCGAGUCAUCAACGGCGCUGUGGAUCUCCGUGAACAAACCAAACGGAGAGAUCUCAGAUAGCGUUACAAUUUCAUUCGGAGACUCCGGAAGUCGUAAAGAGUCCUGUGAAGUCAAUUACUGUUAUGAGCAAAACGAAGGCAAUGAUUUGAUAUUCUCAAGGGAGGUAAAGCCCUUGAUUUUUGGGGUUUUUGAAGGAUGUAACUCCACUGUUAUUGCAUGUGGAGCAAGAGGGAGCGGAAAGACUUUUGUAAUUCAGGGCUCUGAUGAGAAACCAGGUUUGGCUACACUAGCCAUAGCUGAAAUUCUUUCUAUGGCUGAGCAAAAUGGGAAUAUGGUUGCUAUAUCUUUCUACGAGGUUAAUCAGGAGCAUGUGUAUGAUCUUUUGGAUCCAAAACAGCCAACAGUUUCUAUAUUGGAAGAUAAAGGCAAAAUUCAACAUAAAGGACUUUCUCAGGUUCCCGUGAAAUCUGUUACAGAAUUUCACAAACUACUUGCCAGCAUGUGUGGUUCGCGUAAAUCAAUUGAAAAAAUAGCAAGUGAACUUCCUUGCAGGAGCCAUAGGGGUUUAAUAAUACAUCUUGUGUCUCCCAGUAAAAAUGAUGACAUUUGUCUUGUCGGCAAGAUGAAUUUCGUUGACUUGGCAGGGUAUGAGGAUGCCAGAAGAAAGAGUGCUGAUGGCCUUAAUCUUGUUGAAAGUACCAAAAUUAAUCGGUCCAUAUAUGCCAUACAUAAUGUUGUUUAUUCACUGAAUGCCAACGAGAGCCAUGUACCUUACCGGCAAAGCAAGCUUACUCACAUGUUAAAAGAUUCUUUGGGUGGGCUGAACAGAAUUUUAAUGAUCACUUGCUUGAACCCAUCCUUUUGCCAAGAUUCUGUGUACAUGGUAAGUUUAGCAUCUCGGUCUUGUCUAGGUAUCAAUCGGGGUGCAGUGGACUCCACAAAGAAAGCCAAAUGUUCAACAAGACCAAUGGUGCCUUCUUCACAUAAGAAGAAUUUUCUACCUGGAAGUGUUUCCACUACUGUGAAGAAACGUACAGCUUCAAAAGUGCAUCUUUCUGAAAAGAAAGCCAAUUGUUUGGCUUGUGCACUGAAAGAAAGGAAACUAUUUGAUGAAGCAAUUCAUCGGACCACAUCUGAGAAGGCUUUGUUGCAGGCAAGUUCCUUACCUGACAUUGUUUCAACCGUUGAACCUUUGGAGCAGGAAGAGAAUUUUUUUCUGGCUAGUGAGGUUUCUCUUUAUGGUAAGGACCAUCAUGAGCAAGAUGCUUCCUAUGUCAAUGGCCGCACUAAUGCCUUAUCUUUUGCUGAAGGUGAUGGCAUGGAUAAGGAAAACCAACAUUUUUUGGCCAAUGAAGGUGUUUCACCACCAAUAAGUUCAAGACUACGAGAAUUAUCAAACCUCAAACUACCCUGUUCUUCAACUUCAUCAUAUGAUCAAGUGUUUACUGAAAUUGUGGAACCAAAAGCACCAAUAAUGGAACAAAGUAGGACACUUGAUGGAAUGAAGAAUUCCCUUGUUCAAGAAUAUCUUAGGUUUCUAAACACAGCUGACAAGGAAGAUUUGAAAAGAGUAAAGGGAAUAGGAGAGAAGAGAGCUACCUAUAUUGUUGAACUUCGUGAAGAAUCUCCUAAGCCCUUAAAGAGUCUUGAUGAUCUAACAAAGGUUGGACUUUCAGCAAAACAGAUAAAGGGAAUGAUGAAAAAGGAGGCUGCGAAGCUUUUUAAUUAGACUUUAAAUCUGUAGAUUUCCUGUAUUUUGAUUAGGGAAUGAAGGUUUCUGUAUUUUCAUUUUCAAUCUGUAGAUUUCCUGUAUUUUGAUUAGGGGCAAUAUGAAGUUGCCUUCAUUUUUUAACUUGAUCUUUUUAAUGUGAUAUUGGAUUACUUUGGGUUCGAGAUUGGUUCUAUGUAAAUAAAAGAUAAGAAUUUAAAGAGUUUAUUAGUAACUA